AUGAACGUGUAUGAUGAUAUUACAGAGGCUACCGUUGUUUCUCACAGUGUCACAGGCCAUUUUACCACAGCAGAUUAUGUAGAAUUGCUGAUUGUUCGAACUAAUCUGCUGUCGAUCUACAAGGUUACCGAGUCGGGUAAACUUCUGUUGACCCAUGAGUUUAAACUUCAGGCUAGGAUUACUGAUUUGGCCCUGGUUGGUUCUGUGGAGAACACGGGACUGAAUUAUUUGUUACUGGGUAUUGGCAAUUGUAAACUGUCAAUUGUCAAGUUUAACUCCCUAAAUAACUCUUUAGAGACAAUCAGCUUACAUUAUUACGAAGAGAAGUUCAAAGCUAACUCUUUCAUUGAACUAGCAAAAAAAACGGAACUGAGAAUAGACCCACAAAAUCGCUGCGCUUUACUCUUCAAUAAUGAUAAUAUUGUUAUUUUACCCUUCUCUCAGCAGCAGGAGGAGGAGGACUACGGAGAGGAAGAGGAAGAGGAGGAUAACUAUAAUAUGGAGGAUGGACCAAACGUUAAGAAGCUGAAGCUUGAGAGUGCUUCUACAAAUCUCACUCUUCCCAGCAUAAUCACCGACUCCAAAAAACUGGAUUCUACGAUAGAAAACGUAGUGGAUAUUCAGUUUUUGCGAAAUUUCUCUAGACCAACCCUGGGUAUACUGUAUCAACCAAAGCUCACAUGGGCAGGCAACCUACAAUUGAAUCCCCUGCCAACGAAAUUUCUGGUUAUUAGUCUCAACAUCGCUGUAAGUGAACUUGAAGGUACGGUAAUUACGAAAUUGGAGGGUUUACCGUGGGAUAGUCAUACCCUUAUUCCCACAUGGAAUGGGUGUGUACUUUUGGGUUCCAAUGAAGUAUCUUAUAUUGAUAACACCGGAGUUUUGCAGAGCGCAAUAUUUUUGAAUUCCUAUGCAGAUGCUAGUUUAAGGAAAGUGAGGGUUGUAGAUCACACAGAUCAACAGAUUACCUUAAAUAAAGACCUUGUGAAAAGCUUAUGGUCUGCACCAACAAAAGAGUCUGGUGGGGCGGAUGAGAUAUUAUUACUUAUGGACGAGUCUUCAAACCUCUACUACAUUCAGUUGGAAUUCGAAGGUAGAUUAAUGACUAAAUUUGACAUGAUAAAUCUUCCAAUUGUGAACGAUAUUUUCGUCCACAACUUACACCCAACUUGUAUCACCAGAAUUGAUGAAUCAAAACAUAACAUCAAUAUUAAUCUGUUUAUUGGGUUCCAAACUGGAGACUCUUUAGUUGUACGACUGAAUAAUAUACGAUCUGCUAUCGAAACAAGGCAUGAAUAUAAACAGACAUCAUCAGAGAGCGGUUUAGGUAAAGUCGAGGAUGAGGAUGAAGAUGAGGACGACCUAUAUGGUGAUGACGGAGCACAUGAUAAAAAUGCUAGCGUCAAUAACGACAACGCUGUUGUUCACACCGUACAACCCUUUGACAUCGAAAUGAUGUCGUGUUUGAGAAAUAUAGGACCUGUAACGUCCUUAGUGAUAGGUGAGGCAUCAUCUGUUCAACCAGUUAUCAAGGGUCUCCCUAAUCCGAACAAGGGAGAGUACUCAUUGGUAGCGACUUGUGGUAAUGGUACUGGAUCAAAUCUGAUGGUCGGUCAGAUAAGUGUUCAACCGGAAGUGGAGUUGGCUCUGAAAUUUAUUAGUGUGACCCAAAUUUGGAAUCUAAAGGUCAAGAACAGGGAUAAGUAUCUUAUCACGACUGAUUCUACAAAGACUAAAAGUGACAUCUACGAAAUUGAAAACAAUUUUGCUCUGUACAAACAAGGACGUCUUAGAAGAGAUGCUACUACCGUCUACAUUUCCAUGUUUGGUGGAGAAAAACGUAUCGUACAAGUGACAACAAAUCACUUGUACUUGUACGACACUAACUUCAGAAGGCUGUUUUUGAAUAAAUUUAAUUAUGAAGUAGUGCACGUUUCCGUGAUGGACCCGUACCUGUUGAUUACGCUGUCUCGAGGAGAUAUUAUGAUUUUUGAGUUGGAGAGCAAACAUAAAAAGAAAUUGAUCAAGAUAGAUUUGCCAGAGGUGUUGAAAGAAAUGGUCAUCACUUCGGGUCUUAUUCUAAAGAGUAAUAUGUGCAAUGAACUGCUGCCGACGAUCGAGGACCCCGAUGAAGAGCAGAUGCUAUUCACCUUUGUCACGGCGGAUAACAAGAUCAUAACUUUUACAAAAAAUCAUAAUGAUUGUGUUUUCGAGUUGAAUGGGAUAGACGGGUUGAAUGAGCAAUUGUUCAUAUGCACUUAUCAGUUGCCCAACGAAAUUAUACCUGACCCUUCCAUCAAACAGAUCAUGAUCAACAAACUAGGUCAGGAUGUCAAGACGGAGUAUCUGACUGUCUUAACAUUUGGUGGUGAGAUAUACCAAUACCGAAAAUCAGCCACACGAUCCAGUCGCUUUUUUAAGGACUCUUUGAGAAACAAUCUUCCCGUAACAGGCGCACCUGACAAUGCGUACGCAAAGGGUGUUAGUUCAAUCGAGAGGAUUAUGCACUACGUUCCUGAUUAUAAUGGAUAUUCGGUAAUAUUCGUAACCGGUAAAGUCCCAUACCUAUUAAUCAAAGAGGAUGACUCUGUUCCUAGAGUCUUCCAGUUUGCUAAUAUUCCCCUAGUCUCUAUGACCACCUGGGGAAAUAAGUCGAUUAUGUGCGUUGAUGAUAUCAAGAAUGCGAGGGUGUAUACAUUAGAUUGUUCUGACGUUUACUAUGGCAACAAGAUACCAUUGAAACGUGUCACAAUUAACAGUGUGAUGGAAAAUUAUAUGACGUUAACCAAUGUCGCGUAUCAUGAGCGCACUAAAACAUACAUUGUGUCAUACAGCAGGGAAAUUGACUUUGUUGCUAAGGGGGAAGAUGGUGAGGUAGUUCCAGUUGGUAUUGUAGACGAUGCUCCGCACGCUAAAAGUGUUCAAAGUGGCCUUUUGUUGAUAAAUCCAACAACGUGGAGUGUCAUUGACAAAAUUGAUUUUGAACCUGAUUCCCUAGUAAACGAUAUAAAGUCCAUGUUUAUCCAAUUAAACUCCAGAACGAAAAGGAAGAUCGAAUAUGUGGUUGUCGGCACGUCGUUCGUAGGUACCGAAGAUUUGCCCGCUACUGGAUCUUUCCAAAUGUAUGACAUUGCUGAAGUGGUUCCGGAACCAGGGAAGCCCGACACAAACUACAAAAUAAAGCAAUUUUUCAAAGAAGAGCUGAGGUCUGCCGUUACUAGUGUCUGUGACAUCAGCGGUCGGUUUGUUAUUAGUCAAAGCCAAAAGUUGAUGGUCCGGGAUGCUCAAGAGGAUAACUCUGUUGUGCCAGUGGCGUUUUUAGACAUCCCGUUGUUCACCGCUGACAUGAAAAGUUUUGGUAAUUUACUGAUCAUAGGUGACGCAAUGCAGGGAAUCCAACUUGUUGGGUUCGAUGCAGAACCUUACAGAAUGAUUCCUCUUGGAAGAAGCGUCUUGAAAUUUGAGACUUUGUCGUUAGAGUUCCUGGUGAAUGGUGGCGACCUAUACUUUACCCUCAUCGAUAGAAAUGAUAUACUGCAUGUGUUAAAAUACGCCCCUGAUGAACCAAACUCGCUUUCUGGUCAAAGGUUGAUCCAUUGCUCCAGUUUCAACAUGUAUUCAACGACCUCCUGCACCCGCUUAAUCCCAAAAAACGAGCUUUUCGUCGAUGGACCACUGAACCCUGCAAUUCAGUCAUAUCAAGUAAUUGGUGGUCAAGCAGAUGGUUCCCUUUUCAAGGUGAUGCCAGUACCUGAGACCGUUUACAGAAGAUUGUACGUCGUCCAACAGCAAAUAAUAGAUAAGGAAACCCCAUUGGCUGGUAUCAACCCAAAAAUGGAGAGACUUUCUAAUGAUUACUACCAAACCAGCCAUUUGUUGCGGCCCAUGUUGGACUAUAACGUAGUCAAGCAGUUCUGUGCAAUGUCUAUUCCAAAGAGGACAACCUUGGCUCAUAAAUUAGGGAAAAGAGCACACUUUGAUAUAUGGAGGGACGUUAUCAACCUCGAGUUUUCACUCAAGGCACUUUGUAAUAACUAG